AUGGAGCCACCCGAACCACAUGCCUCGCGAAUCCCUAAGGCGGGACCUUGGAACCAUGAACCCCCGGAAAGCCCGGAGUAUGUCAUGGAAAGAAAUAACCAGCGAGCUGCCGAGAGAACCAGAGGAAGCCCGCACUACCAUUCCCAGAGACGGACAUCGAACCGGGAUGAAUUUGAUGGCCCGCAUCAGUUCCUGGAGCCACCUUCUCCACAGGCUGUUGCAGCCCAGGAUAAAGAGCUUCCCCAGCUCCCUACUAACCUCGAUGCCGGCGAGCAAGACAGAAUCCUCCACAAGGUCAACGACCGUCUGUCCCAGUGUGCCUAUGACUUCAUCGCAAAGCACCAGUUCCGUGUUCCCAUCGAACAGGACAAAAGACCCGUCAAGGUCCCCUCAGAUCGCGAGUGGACCGAAUGGGUAUACCUUUUGAAACGACUGGCUACUACACGCCGCAUCCCGGCUCACCUCUUGUACAACCGCCAAAUUAAGCAGCUCAUCACCGUCCUGGAGAACUCCCUGGAGAUGCGUCAUGCUGCCAAGCACCAGUCUAGGCCGGUCAAGGAUGACCGCAACGUGCUGCAGCUCAUUUCUGCGGGUACACAGGUCGCGAAGAUCCUUAGGGAUGCUAGUGCCAUGCAGUUUCUCGAUUGUCUUUAUGUUGACGCUGAGAAAUUGAUUCAGGAACGACGUGGCCGUCGUGUAAGAUUCGCAAACCCUUGA